AUGGCGCGCGGCAAAAAUGUCGAGGUCAGCGAGUAUGAGCGGAAACGGCAGGAGAACAUUGCAAAGACGCAGGCGCUCUUGCGCAACCUUGAGAUGGAGGCUGCAGAAGCCGGUCUAGGUCCCACAGGCAAGGCGAAGACAUCCGUGCCAUCGCGACCAAAAGCGAAAAAGCCCGCGCCCAAAAAGAUCAAGCAAGAAGAAGAAGCGCCUCGUAGAACAUCCUCGCGAUUAAAGGGCAUUGUGGCAGACAGCGAAGUCGCAAAGCGCAAAGCCGAGGAUGAAUACGUCGCGAUACAAGCCGCUGAUCGCGCAAAGCGACAACGCGUUAGUGAUGCCUUCAACUUCAGUGACAUAGUCGUAGCAGGCAAGGACUGGAACCGGAGCGGGAACUUCCUCUCCGUCGGCCCAGCAGAUCCGUACGCACGCACAUUUGACUACAACGACGUGAAAGAGACCACGGACAAGGAAUUGCGUGCCCUCCGAGAGCGCAUGAGCGGCCUAACGCUCUGGGAAGAUUUCGAGCCGAACGAAAUCAAGAUCACGCCCGAGCGCAUAUACUCCAUGGGCCUCCACCCCACAACCGACAAGCCAUUGGUGUUUGCCGGUGACAAGCUGGGCAACCUGGGAAUCUGCGAUGCAUCGCAGAAAGUGGCAGAAGUCAAAGUCGAAGACGACGAAGACGCGGAUAGGGAAGGACCGACCAUCACGACGCUCAAACCGCACACACGCACAAUACACACUUUCCAAUUCAGCCCUCACGACGCAAACGCAUUAUACACGGCAUCUUACGACUCGAGCGUGCGCAAGCUCGAUCUCGCCAAAGGCGUCGCAGUCGAAGUCUACGCCCCAAGCGACAAAGACGAAGAAGCCCCCCUAUCCGGUCUGGAAAUCUCCAAAGACGACCCAAACACGCUCUACUUCUCCACGCUCGACGGCCAAUUCGGCAUCUACGACAUGCGCACUCCCAGCGAAGCAGCCGCCGGCCUCCAAAUCUUCCAACUCUCAGACAAGAAAAUCGGAGGCUUUACUCUUCAUCCCUUACAUCCGCAUCUCGUUGCUACGGCGAGUCUAGACCGCACACUCAAGAUAUGGGAUCUGAGGAAGAUAAGUGGGAAGGGUGGGGAGAGGGCACCGGCGCUGGUGGGCGAGCAUACGAGUAAAUUGAGCGUGUCGCAUGCGGCGUGGAAUAGUGCGGGACAGGUGGCUACGGCGAGUUAUGAUGAUACGAUUAAGAUAUAUGAUUUUGGGAAUUGCGCGGAGUGGGAUGUUGGUACAACGGUGGAUGAAGGGGCUAUGGAACCGACGGCUGUGGUGCCGCAUAACAACCAAACAGGCCGCUGGGUUACGAU